CCUGGGUUCCCUGCCAUGCUCUCUGCCCCCUGCAGGUGGAGGAGCGGACACGGCUGAAUAAGCAGAACUCGCCGGCAGCGCAGACCAAGCUGGGCAGCACAGCGUCCGACCCGGCCCUGCAGACGCGCUCGGAGUCCGUGUCCCUGGGCUCCGGCCCCGCAGCCCAGAGCCCGCCCAUGCAGCGCCCCGUCGAGCCGCAGGAGGGGCAGCACAAGAGCCACCUGGCGCACCGGGUGCCGCUGAAGCCCUAUGCCGCGCCGGUGCCACGCUCCCAGUCCCUGCAGGACCAGCCCACCAAGAACGUGGCGGCUUUCCCGGUGCAGGACCCGGCAGCCCCGGCGCCGCCCCGCGCCCCCAUGAUCCGCCAGAACUCGGACCCCACCUCGGAGACGCCCGCCCCGCCCACCCGGCCCGGCCUCAGCGACCAGCGGGGGCCCUGGGGCCGCACCGAGCUGGAGGCCCCACCCAAGGUGCCCCAGCGAACGUCAUCCAUCGCCACCACGCUCAACGCCAGCGGGGCCGGGGGCAGCGCCCGGCAGGGCCACGCCGUAAGAGCCAGGUAAGGCCCCAGGCCCGGCCCUCUUAAUCCCUUGGAGCCCACAUCCAGCGCACUCAGGUACCCAGCCCAAUGCCCACAUCCCCUAGGGUCCCCCCAGUACCCCACUGUCCCCCUCUUCCCUCAGGCCUCUAACUGACAGACUCUAGUGGCCAGGACACCUGGGUUCUAUUCCCAACUCGGCCAAUGA